GCCCGCUGCAGUUAUCUCUGCCUCUGCCCGCCACCGCGCGCCCCUCGCGCACGCGCGCCACGGUGGCGGUGGCGGCCAGUUGCUCGCGGCCUCGCGUCAGACCGCGCGAACGGAGACACAAAAUGGCGGAAAAAACCGAGAGGUUAAUCGAAACUAUUCGAAGCUAUCCCGUCCUGUAUGACACGACACACGAUGAUUACAAAAAUAAACAUCUCAAAGACAAAAUAUGGGACAAAAUUGCAGAAGCACUGAGAGAUGUUGGAGGAGGUGAUGCACUUAAAUCUAAAUGGAAGAAUUUGAGAGACUCCUACGGAAAGUACCUAAGAGCCCAAAACGAGACAAUUUCAGCCAACAAUAGACAUGUUGAACGAUAUAAAACCUGGCCAUGGGGUACACAGAUGGAGUUCUUACAACCCUACCUAGAAUUUGCGGGAUCCAACUCCCAUUCAAAGAAUUCCAGGUCGAUAAACAAAUCACGAAGAAUGCACGCCAGUCCUGACCCAUUGAUCGAUGAUACUUACGUCACACAGAGCCAUGAAUCAGACGCGGACAGGGUUAUCAGUUACUUCGCUAAAAGAGACCAAAAUAAUAGCCGAGCAGACAUCGCCGACUUGGACGAAACAGACUUAAUUUUCUUAGGCUACGCAAGGACGAUAAAAAAAAUGAAAUUGCAUCGACAAGCUACACUGAAAUUCGAAAUAGCCAAAUUAAUUAUGGAGGCAGAAGUUGAGCAGGCUCAAGAAUCCUGUAGUUCAGUUCCUGAUUUGAAACAUAUCAUUAUACAUCCUUCUAUAAGCCCGUAGAUAAAAUAUAUUCUAUAAGUAUAUAACAAAUAUAAUUUUAGUUUUGUAAUACUUUAAACAUUUUGUUAAAAAAUCCUUCUAAGUAGAAACAACCAAAUAAAUAGCUAUAUAUGGAAUAGUUUAUGGAUGGGUAGAAGAGUUAAGUAGAUUUAUAGAAUUUUAUCACAAAUGUACUAAAUUAUAUAAGCUGAAUAUAAUAUACGUUUAACAAAAUAA